AUGGACCAAUUCCUCUCCCAAAACAUGGACCGCUACCGCUCUCUAGUUGCAGCAUACACCCCUCCCGCCCGAAAGUCUGAAUCUGCUAUACCGAACCCAGACACCAAAAUCGGUGCUCGCAUCCGUCCAAUCCUGCCCGAUGAAGCGGCCGAAGUACUAGUUGCGGGCGUGUAUCCACGCUCCGAAAGUGCUUCAGAUAUUGCAGAUGUACAUGAGCUGCGAAAAGGCGUCCGAGGACAACCCAGUCUGAAUUCAUCUAGCUACACAGUCGACCGUGUUUUCGGCCCUGAUGACACCACUGAGGACGUUUACAAGGAGCUGAUUGAGCCCUUGACCGGGUCUGGUAAGACCUUCACGGUGACGGCGAUCGAGAGGUUAGUAGCCGAGCAGCUGAUGGGAGGUCGUAUGGAGGGAGAGAGGGAUGUACACGUGUCCGUCUUCGAGCUCGCCGGAAAUGUUGCUUUCGACCUCCUCAAUUCUCACAAACGCAUCUCCAUCCUCGAAGACUCCUUCGGCGCCACCCAACUCGUCGGCGCUACCGAACACACCCCCGCCACCACCGCCGCCCUCCUCUCCCUCAUCGACCGCGCCUCCGCCUUCCGCAAAACAGCGACUACGGACCGCAACUCGGCCUCCUCCCGCACCCACGCCGUCUGCCGCAUCCGCAUCGCCAACCCCGCCAUCCCUGCCGCCGACGACGGGCUCCUCUUCCUCGUCGACCUCGCCGGCAGCGAGGCGGCGCGGGAUAUCGCAGAUCACUCCGCUGACCGCAUGAAGGAAACGCGCGAGAUCAAUACGAGUUUGUCGAUUUUGAAAGACUGCAUUCGGGGGCGCGCGCAGCUGGAUGUGUCAACUGGGAAUAGAGGGGGGAAGGCGCCGUAUAUCCCCUUCCGCGCGUCGGCGCUCACGAAGACGCUGAAGCAUGUCUUUGAUCCUGCGGGGUCGAGGGCGUGUAAGACGGCGGUAGUGGUGUGCGUGAGUCCGAAUGCGGCGGAUGCGGGGCCGAGUAAGAAUACGCUCAGGUAUGCGGAGUUGUUGCGUGUGGCGGUGCCGAAAGGGAGGGGUGUUGUGGAGAAAGAGGGGGAGCCUGCGACUUGGGGGAAUGAGAGGGUGAGGGGGUGGAUUGAGAGUAGUUCCGGCACACCCCCCAUCUCUGCUUCUCUCCUCUCCCCUACGGAGACAGGCGCCCAGCUCGUCCGCCUGCCGCAAUCCCUUUUCAUCUCCCGUUGCCAAAAGACGCCUGGAGUCAGCAGCGAGCAAGCGCUCGCCUUUUACAGCAAACUGUGGCGUUUGCAUAUAGACUCCCAAGCCGCUCAGGCCUCCUCUACGCCCAUUCCUGGAUUGACCGCUCAAGCUGAACCAUUAACACCUUUCGCAACCCGCAUCCGUCCUGGGAUGUUUGUCCGCUACAAUCCUUCUCAUCCCACAGGCCUUGACACUAAUAUUGCUACCAUUUUGUGCCCCGAUUGGGCUGUCGAGACGAAGGUCAAAGACUACUACGGAAAGGAAGUCAAGGGAAUGAAAGGAGAAGGAGAGCGUAGGUAUUUAUGUGCGAUGGUGGCACCGAGUAUUAUGCCCGGCGCAUGGGAGUUGGACCUCGCGCGACAGUGCGUGGUAGAAGUUAGAGAGAUGGAGGCGGAGGUGCUGAUGGAGUGGGAUGUGGCGACGAGGUACUGGUUUAUGACGGUCUGAGAAACGCCGAAUGGGCUUAUAAGUGGUGGAGAAGACUUUCUGCAAUUUUGAAAGAUUUACAUGAGAUGGAAGAUGUUGUAGCAGUACUUGCGCUACAAUGCUUCGUUAUAGAAAUCUUUACACUCGUUUAUCGCCGCACAAGGAGCUUCAUAGUAUUUUCAGCUUUCGGAAAAGAAGAGAACUUCCACAUU